ACAAAACAUCGCCUUGGUCGUAGCCGUAUAGAUAUUUUACUCCUGACAUAUUUUAUUUACAAAAUGCAAAAACCUUUAAAUAAAAAUCUGUGCCAAAUAUCACUUCCUGAAGGUUUAGAAGAACUUAUGUCUGAUAUAACAAGGGAAGUACUAAGAGCUCAACCGCAAAACGUCUACAGUUUCAUAGCUAAUUAUUUGGGAGCCUUACUUGAAGUCCGAAAUAACAUCUCCAUUGCUGCUCAAAUAUGCAAUAAUAUAAACGAAAGCUGUUACCAACCAGAAUUGGUUGAGGAGCUAAGAAAUAUCGGUCUCAUAGAUGAAGACGUAGACAAAACUGCGGAUAUUAUUAAAGAGUAUUUGGAAACUAAUAAAGUUAAAGAAACAAACUUAUUUCUGCAAAUAUUAAGAAAAACCAGUAUACAGGAGGGUCAACUAGGGGCAAUUCAAAGUGCAGUGCAAAGGGCUUUUCGAAAACAUCGAUUAAGCCAACCUAAGAUAAAUUCCUGUCAAAAAAAUACAGCAUGUGAAAUCGCAUCAUCAACAUCUCUCGCCGGAUCUUACGUCGCACUUCCGAGGCAUGUACCAUAUUCGGCACAUGACAACCUUUCUAUCAUAUCAGAAGAUAGUACAGUAAGUUAUGACACAGAAAUUAUAUCAGAUAUUUGUGUUGAUGAGGUUGAUGAUGAAAGCGAUACUUCAUCAUUAAAAAAUGUAACCUUUGCUAUGACUUAUUCUUAAUUAACUACGAAUAAUAAAAUAUCAUGAAUAAAAAUAAUAGAAAAUUCGUUUAAAAACUUGUAAUGACCUUUUUAUUUUGUAAUACUUUCUAUAUAUUUUAGAUUAAUUUAUAUGAUACUUAAUUUGCUACUUUAUA